GCACGUUAAAAAUAGCCACGGGAUAUUUUUACCGUUACACAAAACGUCAUUGAUUUGGAGCCGAGCUUGAUGCGUCACUGAAUUGCAGCCUCCGGUGGUUUUGAUCGCGUAAUACUCACAGGUCCGUAGUAAUGGAAGGGGCAGGGCCACCGGGCGUUGACCUCAGCAAGAAGUUUGUGUCGCAAGCUGAGCUUGAUGAUAUGAGGAAGAAGAGACAGGAGGAAUGGGAGAAAGUCAGGAAACCUGACGACCCAGAAGAUGCGCCGGAGGAGGUGUAUGACCCACGUUCCCUCUUUGAGCGAUUGCAGGAGCAGAAAGACAAGAAGCAAGAGGAGUAUGAGGAGCAAUUCAAAUUCAGGAACAUGGUAAGGGGAUUGGACGAGGAGGAGACCAGCUUCCUGGACGAGGUCUCCAGGCAACAGUGCCUGGUUGAGAAGCAACGCAGGGAUGAAGAGAAACAGGAACUGUUGGAAUACAGAAGCGCGCUAGUGAAGCAAGUGUCCACGGAAAGCCGCAAAGAGCCGGAAAAGAAGGUGGCUGCUAAACAACCGGGGGUGGAGCAAAGGACCAGCCACCUGUCUCAGGCCCAUCUAUUGGCUGGAGCUGUCAAGAGGCGCAGUUCUUCCCAGUCGUCAGACAGCAGUAAGAAGCAGAGGUUAACAACUACAGCAACGACAGGAAACGGAGCCAGACACACAGAACAGGAGCAUGGAGCAGGAGGAGAACCAGGGGGAGCUGAAGACCAACAAACAAUCCCCAGCCUGACAGCCAAGGCCCCCCCGGCUGCCCUGGGCUCCGGUCAAGGCGUGUUACACCUGCCGUCAGCGGCCGUGUGCGUCGGCGUUUUACCAGGACUCUGGGUUUAUUCCGGCAGCAGCGACUCUGACAGCAGUUCGGACAGCGAAGGUAGCGUGGACGCAAUCAUGUUGCCGUACCCCCGGCACAGUAGGGCCUACAGAUAGACAUGAGACACACACACACACGCACGUACACGCACACACACGUACACACGUGCACGCACACACACAAUAUAUACAAAAAUGCACUAAGUGAGUCCUUGUACACAUGUACGGACAUUAACAUUAAACCUUUUUGCGUGUGCUUAGACAAGCGUUCUCUCUCUUUUAAGUCUGAGAUUACCUGGGCAACGUGAAGUUUGCAUGCCUUCAGAAUGGCUAGCAAAGAGAAAAGUUAUCCACACUUACACACACACACCCACACCCACACACACACACACACACACACACACACACACACAAGACAGAGCCAACAGAAGUGUACCUAAAAAACACAUGUUUAGUAGUUGCUUUCCUCAGUAGGCAAAACACUGGCAACACACACCUAGAAAAAAAAUGUGAGUAUUCCUGUCGUUUUCACAGCUGUGAGUUGAACUGUUGUUCUUUGUCAUCAAAGUUCAGCCGAGUAAUAUAAUCUAAGAACCAGUACAUCGAGACCAAUUUAAAUUCUACUCUGAACUAAAUCUGUGUAUCUAUUUGUGAUUUUCUGCUAUUGUGGCACUCAAACAUGAUACCUCGACCCUUCCUUCCCUCAAUCACAUCUCACGCAGUUUAAGCCGAGCAACCAAUCCCGCGCUGCCUACCCCGACGACGUCCUCCCCCCCACACCCAACCCUACUCCCAACCCCAGGCACAGCGACUGCAAGCUGUGCGAUUGGCUAAGGGAACAGUGAUUGACAGCUGUGGAGCAAGGAAGAGACUGCUUUAGACUGUGUCAAUAAUUUGCGCCUUUUAGCUAGCAGCAGCAGAGGAGAGAGAGCCGGGGCAGGACACACUUCGCUCUCCGUUUGGUUUAAAUGCAACGCGAGUGGUUAAAAAAACUAAAGGUUUUUAUCAGUGGGCUGUAAUGUGUUUCCUCAUCAGUGGUUUGUUUUAGGGUUCUGGAAAGAUGCUGGACUGCUUUUUUGGUCAAAACUGGACAGAAAUAAAGAGCUUCCCUUGUAGUGUGUGUGUGUGGAACGUUUUUGUUAAGAUCCGGGACUUUUUAUGGAUUUAAAAUAUUAUGUUGCAUUGACUUCCUUAGGUCAAUGAUUUUCUUGUUAUUGUUUGUAUCUCACCACUCAUCACAGGUAUGGUGUGUGGAUAUGGAUUAUGAAUUUGAGGUAAACAUACCCAGUAUUUCAAAAGAAAA